CCCGUGUUCUCGGGCGGCGCUUUUUUUUGGAAGCGCGCCUGCGCGGUGCGGCGGUGGAGGGAAAGCGCGUCUGAGUGAAAAUGCCAUUUUGAAAAAGGUUUAACAGAAUGAUCCUGUGAAUUGAUCUGAGUUAAGCUGCAGUGACUACUGAAUUGUAUUCAACUUUCUGUGAGAAGAUCAAAAAUCUGGAAUACGUAUCAGAGAUCUUGGGCUCCUGAUUUCAAGUGGAAGCAUUCAUGAUUGUGCGUGUUUUGCCAUCACUUCAGAAAAAUGCCAGAUGUGAGCAGAAGCUGAUGUCCAAAGUGCCAAGUAGCAGUGAACAUCCAGAUUUGAAUAAUAUGAAAAUCAUAAUAUUUCAGCAUAGAAACAUGACUGAAAAAUUUCAUUGGUGAUGUUGUCUUCUCCUUGUUUUCAUGCCUUUUAAUACACCUGGAUAUUUAACUAAAAGUUAACAAACACAGCUCAGUUUUAGAGACAAUAGUACCGUAUCCCUUAAGAAGUCUGAUGCUGGUGAAGCAUGUUUCCCAGGUUCACUGUGACUCUUCGCUAGGGACCAAAAAGUAAUAAGGAACAUCCCAUAAAAGUCACAUGGGUAGAAAUGGCUGUUGGACACCAUAGUGUUCUGGGCUCUACACAAACUGUACCAUUAUUAAGUCUUUCAGUUGUAGGAUACAUCUCAGUUUGUAAUGUUUUAUUAGAGAUACUUAACCACCUUCCAAAAUCAGUAGGAUGGAAUUUUUUAUUUGGGUAAUUUGUAUGAAAUAUUAAUAUUGCUACCCUUUAAUGAAUUGUUUGAAAAAUGAAGAGUGGUUAUAAGUCACAUUUUAAGCACUGUGUGUUAAAUGAACUAUUACGUUAAAAUUUUCUUCAUAAUCAAAAACCGGAACUGACAGCAUGUCUGCAGCACCUCAAAUUCAUAUUUUCUUUGGUGCACCUAGCCUCCCAGCCUCAUUAAAGACUUCUAAGGAAGAGAGGUUUUCAGCCUCUACUGCUGAAAAAUGGCAGAAACUUUACUUUUCAUUUCCUAAGGACACUUUUAAACUUUGUACUAGAAAAUGUAUGUGUCUUGAACAUGUAGAUCAUCGGACACCGGAUGAUACAGAAUUGACUGCUCAGUCCAAAGAUCACUUCCCCCCAGAUGGUGGGAAAGAAUAUGGGUUGACUGAUGUUAUUUUGACAGACUGUAGAGCUGGUGCUGGAAGAGUAAAAUUACUCAGCAAUGAAGCUAAGCACCUUCCAUAUCAGCAGCCUCUCACUGAUAUAAAAACAGGUGAACCAAGCAAGCAAUCUGAAGAUGCUGAAGAAGGUACCAGUAAGCUCUUGAAUCAAUACUUGGAGGGAUGUUUCCCACUAGUAAUGAAAGAAUCAAAGACUGGAAGGCCACUAAAUGUGUAUUCAAAUCUUCCAGUUUCAACAGACACUGAAUUCCUUAGUAUUCUGACUUCAAGCCAAGUUGCUCUGCUUUCAGGAGGGCAUGCUGUAGGACAAAAUGAAACACAAAGCAAAUCUACAAAGGCGAGUGGAACAGAAUUGGAUGGACUUUGUAGGGAAGAUGAAGCAUCCACAGAACUGCAUAUUCAGUUAAAUGAAAAUGGUGGUUUGUGUGCAAAUAUCACUGAUACAGAUAGCUCUCUUGAAUUGUUUGACUUUGAUAGUACCGUGAAAAGCAACUCGUAUUUGAGAGAAAAUAGCUUUCUAGAAAAUGCUGAAAUGCCUACAGACCAUUUGUGUUCAUCUGAUGAUAAACCUAAGAAAGAGGUACAUUAUAUUGAACCAUGGAAGAAAGGAAUAUUGUGUUCUCAAGUCAGCCACUCUUCUAAAAGAUCUCAAACAUCUGAAGAUAUUUCACCGGCAACUUACAUUACACUUGGAGACCAACAGCAAUCAAAGAAAGCCAAAUUGAUUUGUUCUUCAGUUUGUGCAGUUCCACAAAUAGAGCAACUGAGAAUUUCGGGGUUUAAGAAAGUUUUGAAACACCCAUCCCUGCUUAAAGACUGUUUAUCCAAAGGUCAGAAGUACACCGUCUUAGUCACAGUUCUACAUCCUUGCCAUAUUAAAGAAAUACAAACAAAGCCAGGAUCUAAACUGUCCUCAAGAGUCCCCCUAGCCACGGUCGUAGUUUUUGAUCAGUCUGAAGUACAACGAAAGAUUGCAUUGUGGAGAGCAGCAGCAUUUUGGUCACUUACAAUGUUUCCUGGCGAUAUCGUACUAUUCACAGAUGUGAUUAUAAAUGAGAAUCGCUGGAAUGGGGAAAUAUUUCUGCAGUCAACGUUCACUAGUCGGUUAUUGAAUCUUGGAAGCUGCUCGACUAUUAAUCAGAACAAAUUCUCGCAUAUAGUGGAUGUUAAUAUUCUCCAGGAUUUGCUGGCAUAUGUGUCUUCCAAGCAAGCCUAUCUUCAAGCUCUCCCCCAAAGGCAGACCCAGACUUUGAACAAUAUACAACAUAUUCAACUAGAUCAACUCAAACCAGAUAGAUUGGUGCACGCAAUAGUGAAAAUUAUCAACAUCACUGUGCUAUCAGAAUCUACAUACAGUUACAAAGGAGAAACAAAAAGAAAAAUUAUUUUAACAGUGGAACAAAUCAAGGACCAGCAUUAUGUCUUGGUGUUAUGGGGUGCUCUAUCGGCUCACUGUCCUCAGCUUCAAAGGAAAAGAGACCACAUAUGGGAAUUCAAAUACCUAUUUGUAAAACACAGUCCUAUCUCUGGUGAACUCGAAUUGCAUACAACACCAUGGACAUCUUUGGAGUGCCUCUUCGAUGAUGAUAGAAGAGCUAUUGAGUUCAAAGAGAAGUUUCAGAAGGAUGUCAGAUCACGGAUGGGUAUAACUACUCUUGCUGCACUUUUGGAGGAGAAAUGUUCUGGAAUGAUCCAAGUGAAAGCCUGCAUCUCAGAGUUGAAGUUUGCUGUUGCCUCUUCUCCACAUGGACAACUUGUCUUUGAUUAUAAAACAUCACUGCAGCAGAUAUUUGCUUCUCUUACUCAGAUCACCUAUGCGGGCUGUGCAAAAUGUAGACUUGAACUACAGAUAGAUGAUAACAAGAUCUACAAACAGUGUGUUAGCUGCUUACCCUCUAAUAAAGUGAAGAUAUUCUACAGACCUGCACUGAUGACUAUAGAGGAUGGGAAAUGUGAUGUGUCCGUUCAAGUGGCGUCAGAACUAAUGGAGAAAAUGUUCCUCAAUAUUCCAGCAGAGUGGCUGAACAAGGCUAUAGUGCCUUCUUUAGAGACCACAUAUGGCAUGAUAGUAGCAGAUCUGUGUCAUUCGCUGCUCACAGACACACAAGCAUCCUAUAUUUUGGAAAUCAGGAGCCAUUUUGUACUGGAUGAAAAUAGCUACCCUUUGGAGAAGACUUUCAAUUUGCUGGAUUUUCAUCUUGAUCUCUGAAUAUAUAUACUGAAAUGAAAUAUUUAUUUUUAAUGAUUUAUAAAAUAUCCCAGGUUUUGUAUUUUUAUAGAUACCCUUUGUAUUAUUUAUGAGCAGCAAUUAUUUCUGUGCAAGAUCCUUCGGGUAAUUAUUAUGAAACUAGCUCUUGUGACUAAUAUUGCUCUUGCCAUUAUUUUUCUUCUAGAAGCAAGAUUAAUUAUUGGGGUAUUUUGAAAACAUCCAGUCAACAUUUUAAAUGUCUUACCUAAGAAACUACUUUUCCCUACUCCACCCUUCCAUAUGAACCCCAAUUUUCUUACCAUUUUUUACCACUGCACAGUGAUAUUUAUAAUAAAAUUCACUUUUGAAAGUA